AUGAACUUAAGCAAAAUUACUUUCAGAAAAUUUGAAUGUAAAAAAAUUUCAUUCCCUGACAGAACUACUCAACUAAGACUUAUAAUUCAGAUUAUUUAAAAGGAACAUGAGUGAUGAAGUGAUAUAAAUAAAUAAACUAUUUUAUAUAAUUAUAAAUUUAUUAUUUUCAGCUAAUAGAUGGGAAUAAUAGUAAUAAAGUUAAUAUUCUAGCACAUUCAUUUAAAAAGAACUUUAGAAUGAUACUAAUAUAGUAAGUGAUCGUUAUGCAUAUUCUGGAGUAGCUUUCUCAGCAACUAAAAAUUUAACUAUUGAAUGGUGUAAAGUUCCAGAUUCAGGGCUUAUUAUUUAAUCAGAUAUGACAUUUUAUUUAACUGGGCCAAUUGAAAAAUUAAGCUAAAGAGGAGAUUUCGGAAAAGAGAUCUAUGAAAAUUCUUCAUUUUAAAAUAAAAUGAAAGCAUUUUUGAUUAAUUAGCACUUUAAGAGAACUUUUACAAAAUUGAUGCUCUUAAGAGUAUUGAUGAAAUUUAAGUAGAAAUUUUAAACAAUAUAUAAGAAUUGA